UAAAACAGAAUGUAGACACACUAGGUAGCAGUAACAACCAUUGACGUUUUAUAUAGAGUAACUGCUUCACUGACGAGUUAUAUUUAAGAAAAGGAAGCUAAAUUACGUUACGAAAAAUGGUUUAUUUAAUAGCUAUUAAAUCAAAAAAAGUUCUGAAUGGGUUUUUUGAUUAAUCAGUUGUGGUACAUUAAAAGAAGUAAUUAAGGAUAAACACUUGGAAGAGAACAAUGGAAUUGAGAACUUUUCACAAAAACUGUUGACUUUGGCUUCGCAGAAGUUUUUUUGGUGCCGGUUGACAAAAUACGAUUUAUGCACUCUAUUAAAUGUUUGGAAAAACAAAGCAGUGACUUUGAGAAAUUCAGUUGUUUGUUUUGCUAUGUUUUGUAGAAGUUUUUUUUUUUUUCAAAUAUAAAAACGGAGUUUACGUUUCAAAAUGUUCAAAGGACAUUUUGAAGUAGUUCAAGUUAUAAUCUACUAAUUUUCUUAAAAUAUCAGAAACCUUGUAUAAAAAUAAAUUGCUUUGACAACUUAUGGGUUUCCAAUAUUUGAAGGUAUUAUUUUGAAUUUGAGGAAUAAACAUAAGAUAUUUUUAAAUCAUGGAUUAUUUGCAGCAAUGUAGCAAUUUUUAAGAUUUGAAACGUAAGUGAGAAAUAAAAUUGUGUAGUGUCAUGAGCGUUUAGUUCAUUCAUAAAAAAAGGCUUCAUGGUCUAAUGUUAUAAAUAAAAUAAAAAAAAAAUUUAAAAAGUACACGUUGUACUGAAGGUUUUUACUAGGACAUUCUUAAAAACAAUUGAAAUUUAGCGUGAAUUUAAUGUAAACUACCUUCUACAGAAAAAAAAGAUUUUAUUGAUUAAGAAAAAUCACUAAACACUUUUUCGCUAGGCACAUAAAUAAUUACUCUGCGUGUCAAAUAUUCAGUCGCACAUAGUACACCUUUGGUAUCUGGUAUGAUUUAAUUAAAGGAAGAAAAGAAUUGUUUACCUCUUUUCAGGUAAUCAAACUGGUUGAAAAUAUUUCAAAGUGAGUUUAUGGUUGGUCAUUGUAUUUAAAAAAUUAAUAAACUAGCUGGAAUAUGUUCAAAUCUUCACGAAAUGCCAUGUCAACUUUUCCGUUGGGCACACGAUUGUUAGCAGGAAAGCGUUGGAAUACACGUUCUCCAAUUAAUAAUCGUUCAUAUGUUUUAAAAAACUUCACUUUUCACAAGAUGUUAUCGUUAUAUAAUCAACAGAGCCGGUCUAAAAGUUCUUUUAGUGAGUAUAUUUUAACCCAAAUUCAGAAAGAAGUGAAUUCCAACGUUGAAUUUCAAAAAUCAGUCAAUGAUUUGUAUAAAAUAACCUCAGCAGCAAAUUAUAAAAGUAUUGACGAAGCAUAUCGGGUGAUUAUUGCAAAGGGUCAGUUUGUAAAAGCGAAAUUGCAAGAAGGAUUAAACAAUGUAUGUUCGAUUUUAUCUUGUGAUAUGCCAUUUUGGUUAAAGAUUUUUCCGAAUUUGUCGUUUGUGGAUAAGUACAUAAAAAAAAAUGAUUUUUUUCGAAAAAUGAGUUCGUUAACACCAAAAAUGAAUUCAGCAUUACAAGUAAUCAAAAAUUUUUUUGAUCAAUUUGAAGAGGAUACACCUACAAAAGCUCAAUUUAAAGCUGAUAAUUGGGUUGACAAUAUAGCGAAAGCAAGAAUGCGCGAAAAACAUGAAACAAGGGACCGAAAAUUUAAUAAACAUGGUACCUCUCCCUCACAGAUCACUAAGGAUCUAGUAGUGGUGGAACAAGCUAACUUAGGGAAAAUCAAUGAGUUGUUUAACCAAAGUCUAUUUCUGAAUAAUUUCCUCAGUGAAUCAUCUUUAAACGCGCUAUUCGGUACCAGUGAACAAUCGGCAGUUCUCAAGGAAAUUCAAGAAAAGGAUUCCUUAUUUAGAUUGCCCGAUUUUUUAGAAUUAGUCGAACACGUUAUUAUUCCACAUAUAAUUAAAAGUUUCUUUCGUGCAGAUCGAGAAACAUUUCGUAUUCAUUCUCGAAAAGAGGUGUUUAUUCAAGUAGAUCGCUCUUUCAAAGAAAGAGAAUUAAUGGGUAUACUUUUGGAUCCAUCAAUUUUAUGUGUACGUAAUGUUGAAUUAAGAGGUGCUUCAAGGUUUUACGAAAAUCAACCUUCUUUGCUAUUCACUUUUAUUGUUGAGCAAAUUAAUUGUAUAAGGGCAAAAGAUAAUUCCAUUGUACAAGGUAGAGCUGAUGAUAUAAGAGAGGUGCUCUAUUCUAUGGGAUUAGGUUUGCAUCCUGAUCCUCACAUAAAAGGUUUGAAGUAUCCAUGGCAGGUAACGGAACUCGUAAUGUUACGUGAUUCGCCUUAUUGGUAGUCUUAGGUAUCAUUACAACACAGAAAUUGUGUUUACAAAUUUAGUUUUGGAAAUAUUUUGAACGAAAAAACGGCAACGUUUUUAUUAAAAUUUAAUAAAAUAAUUUAUCUUGAAGUCAGAAAGCUUUAUCUAGUCAGAGUUUGUAUAGCAUAAUACAUUUUAGAAUUUGAAUUAUUCUAGACGUAAAAUCGAUAAACCCUUACUAAUUACAUAUAAUUGAGUUAUUCUUUUUCUCCCGAUUAUUGAAUAAGAAGGUCCUUCUGUAUUCGGACACGAGAAUAAGUAAUGUUUUGCACCGAAAGCUCAAAACGAUGAGAACUUAUAUUUACAGAAAAUGUUUGUCAAAUAUUCUGGAUAUUCAAUAAUUAAGACAUUUUGCACGUGAGUGGGUAACAUGCGCAUAGAUACUGCUCACUAUUUAAUUGAAUUAACCUUCCAAUGCUCGGUGUGAAGUUUAAUUUUUAGCAUGUGUAAGCGCGGGUUAUAUUAUAACUGUUUAAUGUUUGUUUAACGGAGACGUUAACUAAAGGCAAUUCUUAACUAGACAGCAAAAUGUUCUCGCAUAUCUUGGGGUAGAUCGUAAAUAAUUUAAUAGAAGCAACCUUGGAAUAUGUUGAAUUUUGUACAUUAUGAGCCACCUUUUGAAGCUCAUAAUUCGUCUUUUGUUACCUAUAUUUACUGGGGAGCAAUGAAUGAAAUGAAAGCUUCGUCGUUGCCUAACCGACUCAUCAGUUCGAUUUGAUGUCAAUCUAUUCCCAUUAUAAAUAUAAGCAGUUACUACGGGCAUUCCGGGAAAAGGUUCCAAUUUUUUAAAAUUUAGAUGAGGACUCCAUUCAUUUAAUCUUUUCGGUGUCGACAAAGUAAUAGGUUAAGACUCGAUCCUGGUAAGUUAGUCGUUCCAGUAUCCUUAACGUACUUUGUUCUAAUCAGUGUUUGUUUUUGUAGGAGAUUGUAUAAUGGGUUUAUAAUUCCACAAAGACGCCUGUUGCUACAACGUUUUAUUAUUAAAUUAACAAUUUAAUAAAAUAAUUUGACAUUUGAAUAGCUUAGGUUUUCAACUGUAAAAUGAAAUUAUUAAGGUCAAGCAUUUUUUUUCUCAUUAUUUGUUGAUCAAUUGUGUUACUUGUUUAAC